AAGCCGAUCGAAAAGCUCCCUCUACCCCGUCUGUGUAGAGAGGUCCAUCAAAGACAAGAAGAAUCAACUAACCGACUAGGCCAAAUCUUUUGUCCCCAAAUCUCCAUCCAUUCACCCCACCCCUAAUCACACCAAUCCCAACCCUACACGUGACGUGGGUCACCAUUUCCACAGUAACCCUUCAUUCUCAAUCCAGCCUUUAGUCAACGAAAUCUUCUUCCCCUUCUGUCUCUAAACAUAAAACCUCUGAUUUGUCCUUCUGCCCUUGGUCUGAGAACCGAGCAGAGUGCUCUGUUUUCAGUCCAAACAGAGAUUGGAAAAUGAAAACAGAGGUUGUGACAUUUUUGUUGGUGAACCUAGCAAGUAGUAUGCAGAGAGCUGACGAGUCGUUGUUGCCAGGGGUGUACAAAGAGGUGGGGGCCACUCUGCACACCGACCCAACUGGGUUGGGCUCACUCACUCUGUUCAGAUCCAUUGUCCAGUCUGCCUGCUACCCACUUGCGGCUUACCUUGCUAUGCGCCACAACCGAGGCCAUGUGACCAUGUCAUUGCUCUUGGUACCUUUCUCUGGGCUGCUGCCACCUUCCUUGUUGGCUUUCCACCCACUUUCCUUCAGGGAUUUUAUUGGUAUCAAUGCUUCAAAUUAAGGAUUUGGGGGGAAAAUCAUUGACUCGGCAAACUUUCAAGUUUGAAGAGAGCAACCGGGG